AUGCUCUGGAUAUCCGCAAACCCUGGAUGUGGAAAGUCUGUCCUAGCAAGAUACCUUCUGGACAGUGAGCUUCGGAAUGUCUCAUCAGACCAGAGAAGUGCGAAUGGUGCCCUGAGCUGCAUUUUGCAUCAGCUUUUCAUGCAAAAAAGGGAGCUUUUUUCUGAUCGAAUACUCAAGAGAUUCGAGGUCUACAACAAGAAGCAUCUUUUGACAUCGUUUGAGGAGCUUUGGGAUGCCCUGAUUAUUACAUCCCAGGAUAACCAGGAAGGAUAG